CUGGGAACCAAUGAGGAGAGCCGCUUGGAUCAUGUGACCCAACAGCUGACUGGUGAACCGGGCUGGGUUGGUUCUGGACUCUCAGUCUGAUGGGUCUCAGCAGGGAGCCGCUCAGGUCAGAUGAAGAUCUCAGCUGAUCCUGGACUCUGAGCUGCUGGGAUCAAAUCCUCAGACAUGAGCUGCAGUCAGAGUCUGAUCCUCUGCAGAGAUCAGAUGGAUCCAGAAAACCAGAUGGAGAACCGAGACGGUCUCUGGUUCUGGUUCUGACUGAUGAUGGAGGAACCCAGAACAGAACCUGGUCCAAUCAGCAUCCUCCACCUGAUGGAGCUCCCCCCCCUCAACAGGUCAAAGGUCGACCCUGGUGAACCAAGCAGCUUCUCUCCCACUUUCAUCAAAUGGAAUAAAACUCGUGUCAAACUGAAACGUUUUGCAUGGAAACAUUUUGAAGAAAAUCCAGAAUUUCUGCAAAGAAGAAACAUUUUAAACAAAACGACGGAUUUAAAGGACGGUUUGUCUGCUGCUCUGAUCCCUUGAUGUGGAGGAAGGAGGCGGGUUCAGCUCAGUGACAGCAGCUGAACUGAAGCUUCAGAUCAGUCAGAGCUACGAUGAGACCAACAUCUCUACCAGCUUCACUCUUUCUGACCUUCUUGGUGUCCUGCACAGUGGCUGAAGUUCUCCCAGUUCCUCUGACUGUGAGUCCCAGCAGAUCUCAGUUCUUCAGAGGAGAAUCAGUGACUCUGAUCUGUGAGGAUGAAAACAGAUCUGAAGGAUGGACUGUGAGGAGAAACACAACCAGAGGAACCAGGACUGAAUGUAAAGAUGGAUGGGGAAAAGCUGAUGGUUCUACCUGUAACAUGACCUUCCUCUUCCCAGAGGAUACUGGUGUGUACUGGUGUGAGUCCAGGUCUGGAUCCUCCAGCAGCAGCAGCAGCAUCCAGCUCUCUGUCUCUGGUGGAUCAGUGAUCCUGCAGAGUCCUGUCCUCCCUGUGAUGGAGGGAGAUGACGUCACUCUGAGCUGCAGAGCAAGGAAUCCAACCCACAACCUCCCAGCUGCUUUCUAUAAAGAUGGCUCCUUCAUUGGUGAUGGAUCAUCAGGUCACAUGACCCUCCUCCAUGUUUCCAGCUCUGAUGAAGGCCUCUAUAAAUGUAACAUCAGAGGUCAUGGAGAGUCUCCAUCCAGCAGGAUCUCUGUCAAAGAGAAACCAUCAACCACAUCUUCCCCAUCAACUCCUCCUCCAUCAUCAUCAUCAUCAUCAUCUUCCUCCCAGUUUCUCCUCUAUGGUCUCUCGUCUCUAUCAGCUGUUGUUCUACUGGUUUUACUGGUUUUCUUGGUCAAACGUCACAUUAACAGGAAAUCUAAAGAUGAUCAGGAAGAUGGAGAGGAAAGUUUAACUUACAGUGAUGUUCAAAUAUUACAGAGGAAACAACAGAAACCAAACGGAGCUCUGAGGCGGCGCUGCUUCACUACUGUUCUGUACGCCACCAAGACAGAAGAAGAAGAAAAACUUUGAUGCUGAAACUCCUGGAGACAGAAAAUGUUGUUGAUGUGAAACUGGAUCCACUGACAACAGGAAGAAAACAUCAGUUCUAUAACUCAGAGAGCUUUCUGUAAUAAACUGGAAACAUUAGAAAGUUGUUCAUUCACAAGAAUCUGAUUUAUGAUUCUUACAAUAAAUUCAUGCAGAAGAAUAAAAUCAAGUCCAGAAAAAUGUUCACCUGUCCAUCUGAAUAUGUUUGAGUUUUUCUCUGUAAGGCCUCAUGAAUGUAUUUCAUGUUUCAUUCUCAGUGUUCAGUCUCAUGUUUUCAGAAACUGUUUGGAUUUGAAAUGUCUGAAUGUUAAAACCUCAGCAGCUCCUUUGUUUCUCAGCAGCUUCAGCCUGUUGAACCUGCAGCUCUGCAGCUUGUUGCUAACAAACAUGAUGAUCCUGUUUGUCUGCAGCUAAAAACAGUAAAGAGAUCAACUUUAUGUUUUCAAUGCUUUUAU